ACCGCCAUGACUCGUAACAUAAUUGCAGAUUCUAUACUUUGAUAGUACACGAUUUUCACCCCUUACUGAAUGAUCUCACUCUCUAGAUGCUGCAUAACUGCCUACGCUUCACAGAGAGUUGCAGAGACUGUGAAUAAUCAACCAAAUCAAAUUCCGCAAGCGUGUGUGUACCUGAUCGUAUCAUUUCUGUACAGAUUUUGAGAUUAUCGACAAUUUUUGUUUGUAUAAUUGAUUCAGAUUUAUUUCAAGUUUUCCAAAGAAAAUCGAUUCGGAGCUGUUGAAUUGUUGUUUUUCAUUGAAUCAGAAAUAGGAAAGGAGAAAAUGGCGCCGCCGUAUUCGUGGAUGUCGACUGAAGAGGUUCAGUUACAGACCCUAACUCUAACCCUAAUUCCUGGUCUCCCCAACGAUGUAGCAUCUUUGAUUCUGGCAUUUAUUCCUUAUUCUCAUCAAUCCCGCCUCAAAUCCGUUUCUAAGUCAUGGAAAUUGUUCCUCUCUUCCGGAACCCUAAUUUCUCUCCGCCAAUCCCUGCUUCUAUCCUCCGCCCGCUCUCACCUCCUCUGUAUUUUCCCUCAGGACCCUUCAAUUUCCUCUCCUUACCUUUUCGACCCCAAAAAUCUGGCCUGGCGUGAGCUCCCGGCCAUGCCCUGUAACCCUCACGCCUAUGGCCUCUGUAAUUUCACUUCCGUUUCCGUCGGGCCUCACUUAUACGUAAUUGGCGGAUCCCUCUUCGAUACUCGCUCCUUCCCUCUCGACCGCCCGUGCUCUUCUUCCUCCACCUUCCGUUUUAAUUUCCUGAAUUGGAAGUGGGAGUCUCUCUCUUCUAUGCUCUCCCCGAGGGGAAGUUUUGCCUGCGCCGUGAUUCCAAAUUCAAAUAAGAUUGUCGUGGCUGGGGGUGGGUCGAGGCAUCCCAUGUAUGGGGCGGCUGGGAGUAGGAUGAGCUCGGUAGAGAUGUAUGAUAUUGGUAAGGAUGAGUGGGUGCCACUGGAUGGAUUGCCGAGGUUUAGAGCUGGGUGCGUUGGGUUUUUCGUUGGAAAUGGAGAGGAGAAGGAGUUUUGGGUGAUGGGAGGGUAUGGCGAGUGUCGGACCAUCUCUGGAGUGUUCCCUGUGGAUGAGUAUUAUAAGGAUGCUGUCGUGAUGGAGUUGAAGAGCGGUGGCAAGUGGAGGGAGGUUGGCGACAUGUGGGAAGAAGGGGAGAGGAGAAUGCUGGGAAAGAUCGUUGUUCUCGAGGGUGACGGUUGGCAUGUUCCUGCCAUUUUCAUGCUUGACAGGGGUGAUAUCUUCAGAUACGACAUGGCUUCUAAUCAGUGGUUAAAGGAGACAAGUGUCCCUAGAAAAGCAUCAGAUGAGUCAUCAGUCGGUUUUGUUGCACUGGAUGGAGAGCUGCAUGUACUAACGCUUUUAGAUGGAAUUAAACUACCAGACACUCGGAAAUUAAGACGGAACAAGAGGUCAGCAGCACUUCUGUUACAGAUAUAUCAUCCUAAGAAGGAGAGGUGGCGAUCCGUGAUUACGAAGCCACCAUUCAAUCGCCCUUUAAAUUUCAGGAUGGCUGUUAUAUGCGCCAUUGGACUAUAGGGUUGGGGAACUUCCUUUAUACAUGUAUUGUGUAUUCUUGCAUAGAUUGUUCAUGUUGUCAUGUAGGUGCAUGCUGUUAUGCUAUUUGUAAAGGCCGGUUUAUAGCUUGACGAGGAUGCUAGCCUUCGUAGAAGAAUUACUGUAAUGCCAUCGUGUGCGGUGCAAAUAGAAAGGGAAAGGGGGAAAAAACCCAUGGUCUAGCUCUCGUUCAGUUUCUGGAAUUCUGUUGUUGUCUACACUGGAAGUUGGUAGACACCAUUUAAUCAACAGAAUUUUUGGAUGCAAAUAUGUAUAUGUAGUAAAAUUUCUUAUCAUUUAAGCCUGGAUUUGUGUCUA